AGUGUGCGCUCUGCAAUGUGUCCGCUAGAGGGCAGUAGCAGCCAGUUACAGCGGUAUAAAACAGAUCUGCACGGUCUUAGCGGGUUAGAGUCGUUGGUGAAACAUGGCAGCCCCCGGCUUCAGCAAUGCUGUGCGAGUUAGACUUCACUUUGACUACCCUCCCCCGGCCACACCGGGCUGCCGCAUGUCCUGGCUGUUCAUCGACCUGAACAAGUGUAGGGUGGUCACCGAUGUGACGAGUAUCAUCAGAGACAAGUUUGAUUUCAGCCGUAGGACAGCGCUAGAUCUCUUCAUUGAAGACUGCUUCUUACCGCCCAACGAGAGCAUCUACAUCAUCAGAGAUAACGACAGCAUCAGGGUGAAAGCUGAAGGUUUUCUGCCUGCACUGAAUUGCAAUGAGCCCAGCGGGCCCUCUCCCUGCAAGGGGCAGAAGAGGCGCAGGUCUGUUGAGGACAUGCCCUCGGAGAGAGAUCACACCAAGAAGAGCAAGAAGAAAAAGAGUAGCAGGGAGACCCCUGAUCUGACGGCACAGCCCGAAGAGGGGGAGCGCACAGAGCACCGGGCUGAGAAGAAAAGGAAGAAGGAGAAAAAGACGAGGGAGGAAUCCACAGAGAAAGAGCACAGCCAGAGAAAAAAGGCGGAGCCAAAGGAGAAGGCGUCCGCUGCAGAUACAGGCAGCAGGGAUGGGAAGAAGCCCAGCAGCUGCUCUGUUAAGAGCUCUGCCGCUCCGUCCCCAAAACCAGCUGCUGCUGCAGGUAAGAAACCCUCCUGCAACAGGCCAGCCCCGGACUCCUCCAACUCCAGCAGCACCGACAGCGACAGCAGCGAGGAUCAACCGGCUUCCAAGAGAGAGCAGAGCAAGACUCCACAGAGUACUAGAGCCCAGCCCAAGCCAGGCACUGCAAGCAGGGGCGCUUCUGCUAAACGAGCACCUGCCCCAUCCAAACCAGUGAUUGCCAGUGCACCUGCUCCAUCCAAACCAGGGAUCACAAGUGCAUCUGUCCCAUCAAAACCAGUGAAUGUCGGGGCUGCUUCAGCCGAAGGCUCGAAGCAGAGUGAGGUGACAAAGGCAGGGCUUGUGUCGUCUGUGUCGCUGUCAGCCAGAGAGACUCCUACCCCAGCCCAGGCUGAGACCUCCAGUUCUGACAGCAGCUCUGACGACAAGUUUGUGAUCAAGAAGCCCCAGACUGUUUCAGGAGUGAACAGGGCUGUGAUUGGCAAUGGCUGGGGCAGGGAGACCCCUCUUGGGGUGGGAAGGGGGUCCCUGCUGGGGGAGGGGAGGGGUUUGGGGCGAGGGGGUGGCAGGUUCCCAUGGAGAGGUUCUGUGGGCCGGGGGCUGAGAGGAGGCAGGACAAGAGGGACCAUGGGACAGUGUUUCUCUUACGAUUAUAAUGGAAGUCAGCAGCAACAGGAGAAGCAGCACUUAACUGAGAAGGCAUUGAACACGUCUGCGGUAUUGCAGUAUCAUGCAGAAGAAGCCCCCAAAAAAGAUUACAGCUCCUGUCCUCUGCUCGCCGCACCUCCACAGAUGGGACAGAAAAUCGCUUUCAAGCUGCUAGAAUUAACAGAAAACUACACGCCAGAAGUGUCUGAAUACAAGGAAGGAAAGAUUAUUCACUACAUCCCCAACACAAAUCAAGUGGAGCUGGAGAUCCUGUCCUCUGACGCUGUUUGUAAAGAGCCAGGAAAGUUUGAUCUGGUGUACCACACUCCGGACGGGGCGAGAGAAAUAGAGUAUGCUGUCCCUAGAGGCUCCAACAGGGUGACGGAGAGAUGGGAUUCCCUGAUUGAGCCUCGACUGAUUAUUGAACCUGGUAGUCUUCCUGCAGCUGGAGCGAUUGGCUGAAUUUCAUUCUUGCUGUGUGUUUCUGGAACUGACUGUGAAAUGCCACAAGAUGUCUAUAUAUGUUUAUUGUUCUGUGGGUUUUGUUUAAAUAUUUCAUUUUAAUGCUGGUAAGAACUUUUUUAAAUGUAUCACUAAUGUAAAAAUGAUUCCUAAAUAAAUGUUCCUUUUUUUUUGU